UUGGGUCACAAAGGCCUGGGAGAGGAGACAAGGGGAACAAAGCAGACACGUAUCUUCAGUACAUGCCCAGCACAUCUGUACCUUUUAACUGAAAAGAUCUUCAACAAAUUGUCUGUUUCCUGCUGAUGCAGAAAAGAGGAGUAAGGAGGACAAAGGUGUUGUGGCAGUGGACCCCAGCUUUGCGACUUAUCACCUGAUCAGUUUUGCAUGAGCAGAUCCUAGUUCACCUUCAACACUAUUAGGGAAACACCUUGCUGAUGACAGUCGGAUUGGACUCAGGUCGCCCCUGCCGCUGCAGGUGUUUCUCCACACGAUUGGGUAGUAUUCUACUGUCCUCCGUUUUCUUGAGUUUCAGGAUCAUGUGCUGCAAAUAUAUUUCUUUCUUUUAGGCAACAAUAGGCUUGAACUUUGUUUGAACUUCCUGAGGUGAUUACAGGCCAGUACUGGGACAGGGGUGGAAUAUCCCAAACCCACGAUGAGUGUCAAAAGUGAAGAUGUGGAGAAAUUCCUGGAUGGAAACCCAGGCUUUGCUAAGAACUACUUCGCUAAAAAACUCAAACCUGGAGCUGUGGCCUCUGUGAUGGGAAUCCCAGAGUCCAAGGUGGAUUUGGAGUCUUUUAAAGAAAUUUCUCAAGUAGAGGAAGGCGAAAUGUUCUUUGAUUUAAUCAAAGACAUGCAGGAGAACGUCAACAUGGAGAAAGUGAUCUUCAAGAUCCUGAAGAGAAUCAGUGCUCUGAUUCAUGCCGACCGCUGCAGCUUGUUCAUGUACCGUCAGAGAAACGGCAUUGCUGAACUGGCCACUCGACUAUUCGAUGUCAACACUACAGCCAAGCUGGAAGAAUGUAUGGUACCACCAGACUCAGAGAUUGUCUUUCCCCUUGAUAUUGGCAUAGUAGGGCAUGUUGCUCAAACCAAAAAACCCAUCAAUGUCAAGGAUGUUAAUGAGAGCAGCCACUUCAGCUCCUUUGUUGACGAACUGACAGAGUACACUACACGCAACGUCUUGGCUGCACCAGUCAUGAACGGAAAGGAUGUAGUGGCAGUCAUCAUGGCCAUCAAUAAGACCACUGGACCCUAUUUCACAGACGAGGAUGAGGAUCUUUUUUUAAAGUAUCUGAAAGUUGGUACUUUGAACUUGAAGAUUUACCACCUGAGCUACCUGCAUAACUGUGAGACACGUAAAGGGCAGCUGCUCUUGUGGUCUGCUAACAAAGUCUUUGAAGAGCUCACAGACAUUGAGCGUCAGUUUCACAAAGCUCUGUACACAGUGCGGGCGUACCUCAACUGUGACCGGUACUCUGUGGGUCUGCUGGAUAUGACUAAGGAAAAGGAAUUUUUUGACAUCUGGCCUGUGCUGAUGGGAGAGCAGGCACCGUACUCUGGGCCUGUGACUCCAGAUGGGAGGGAAAUCAACUUCUACAAGGUUAUUGACUACAUUUUGCACGGGAAAGAGGAAAUCAAAGUCAUACCAAAUCCACCUGCAGACCACUGGGCACUGGUCAGUGGGCUACCCACUUACGUAGCAGAGAGUGGUUUUAUUUGCAAUAUCAUGAAUGCAGCAGCAGAGGAAAUGUUCACCUUUCAGACUGAACCUCUUGAUGACAGAGGCUGGACCAUUAAAAAUGUGCUGUCUCUACCAAUCGUCAAUAAGAAGGAAGAAAUAGUGGGAGUGGCAACUUUCUAUAACAGAAAAGACGGCAAGCCAUUUGAUGAACAGGAUGAACAACUAAUGGAGGCUUUGACCCAGUUCCUGGGCUGGUCAGCACUCAACCCGGACACCUACGAUAAGAUGAAUAAACUGGAGAACAGAAAGGAUAUUGCCCAGGACAUGGUCUUGUACCACGUCAAGUGUCGAGAUGAUGAGAUUCAGAAUGUCCUUAAAACCAGGGAGAUUUAUGGGAGAGAACCAAGAGACUGUGAAGAGGAUGAACUUUGGCAGAUCCUGAAAAAAGAACUUCCAGGGCCAACCAAAUUUGAGAUCUAUGAGUUCCGGUUUUCAGACUUCGACUGCACUGAAAUGGACCUGGUGAUGUGUGGGAUCCAAAUGUACUACGAAGUUGGAGUGGUCAAGAAAUUCCAGAUCCCUCAGGAGGUUCUAGUGCGCUUCAUGUACUCAGUCAGCAAAGGCUACAGGCGGAUAACCUACCACAACUGGCGCCAUGGCUUCAAUGUUGGACAAACCAUGUUCACACUACUGACGACAGGGAAGCUGAAGCGGUACUACACAGAUUUGGAGGUCAUGGCCAUGAUCACAGCUGGUUUCCUGCACGAUAUCGAUCACAGAGGCACCAAUAAUCUCUACCAAGUCAAAUCUCAAAAUCCACUAGCGAAGCUGCAUGGCUCCUCCAUUCUGGAGAGGCAUCACUUAGAAUUUGGCAAGUUUUUGCUUGCAGAUGAGUCUUUAAACAUUUUUCAAAACCUCAACAGAAGACAGACAGAGCAUGUUUUCCACCUCAUCGAUAUUGCCAUUAUCGCAACUGACCUUGCCUUGUACUUCAAGAAGAGGACGAUGUUCCAGAAAAUUGUGGAUCUCUCAGAGACGUAUGAGGAUGAGAAGAAAUGGGUUGAUUUUAUGUCUCUGGAAACAACAAGGAAGGAGAUUGUAAUGGCAAUGAUGAUGACAGCUUGUGAUCUGUCGGCCAUCACUAAGCCAUGGGAAGUUCAGAGCAAGGUGGCCCUCUCUGUUGCAGCAGAAUUUUGGGAGCAGGGUGACUUGGAGAGGACUGUUCUUGAACAGCAACCAAUUCCCAUGAUGGAUCGGAACAAAGCAGCAGAAUUACCCAAGCUUCAGUGUGGUUUCAUAGACUUUGUGUGCACUUUUGUCUACAAGGAGUUCUCUCGUUUCCACCCAUCCAUCCAGCCCAUGUUUGAUGGCAUCCUGAACAACAGAAAAGAGUGGAAGGCCUUGCAGGAGGCAUAUGAAGCAAAGUUGAAGGCAGCUGAAGAAGCAGCCAAGGCAAAGCAGGAGGCUGCAGCAGCCAAACAUGGUACUAAUAAUAAUGCCAGUGGAGGUUCUUCAGGAUCCAAAACCUGCUCAAUCUGCUAAAACUAAGGGACCACUUGGAAGGGUAACAGCCACUAAAGGCAUGGGGGAGGGGGGGUGGGCCUCACCCCAGAACACAGGGACCCAGGAAAAAGAAUAAGGGGGCCACACAUUUUCAAUGCAUCAUAUACUAUCAAUAAGCCUCAAUCAGGGGUGUCAAACUGGGGUCCUUCUGAGCCACAGAUCUGCAGAGAUUAGCCUUCUGCCUCAUUAAACACCACUGAUUCAACUCUUCAGCUGAUUAACAAGGCCUUCAUGAACUGAAGUCAGAAUUCAGAAGAGGGAAAAUGGUCAUCUCUUCAGAGCUGUGGCCCGGAGGGAAUCCAGCUUGACCGUUCUGCUUUAGACUAAAUAGGGCCUGACACCAAAUUCUUUUAAAAAUUAAGUUUGGCUCCUAUUUGUAUCAUUGUUUUCUGUUAGCAUGUUUAUGUUUUGGCUUAGUUAAAUCUGUUUUGUUGAGUAAUUACCUCUUGUGAUGUCACUGGGCAAAGUCUAGUAUUCAUAAGGUAUAUUUUAAAGGGAAAUUCAGUUUGGAUUGUGCAUAUUAUAGAUGGGUUGCACUUAAUCUCCAUCACAAUGCAAUAACGGGUGAUAUACCUGUUGAUUCAUUUUGUUUGGAGACAAAUUUAAAGUUUUGAAAUCAACUGUGAUAACUGUGGUUUGAUACUUCUUGUCACUGAAAAUGAGUUACUGUACCAGUACAGUCACUCUUAUUUGUACAAGUUUGUCACAUAGUCUCUAGAUCCACUUAAUUUAUCCAAAGUAUGAAUGUAAUUCCGUGUCAGUAAUUGAAAUUCAAGAUGUAGAAUAACUAUAAUCUGGAAAAUGAAUGCUGUAUCUGUGAUUACUUCCCACUACCCGUUAUCCCAACGGCAUUCCACAUACAUAUUUGGGUCACAGAAUGCAUAAUACUGAACACUGUCCUUCCUGAAGUGACCAAACAUUAAACAUAAAAUGGGCAGUGGCUAA